AUGUUGCGCCGCCGCGUCAAAGACGGAGACGAAUCCGCCAAAGACAAAAACGCGAGACCCCGAGUUACCCGCCAGCAGACAGACGAGCUCCGCGCGGAAUUCGAUAAUGCCCCGGUGAAACAGCUGGUGAUUCGCCCGCGGACUAAGCGUCGCAGCAGUCUGUUCUUCAUACUCGGGGGUCUAUUCGGUGUGUUUGUUGCGCUGUUCUUCGCGAAUCAGCAGGAUGUUAUCAGCUUGGAAUCUUUGGUGGAUUUGAACCUCGAGUCGUGGAUCGAUGCGAUUCCUCAAGGGAUCAUUCGUGACGCAAAGGAAUUCUCGCAAUGGGAGCGCGAGGCCGUCAAUUACGACUCUUUCUCCGUUGGAUUACACCUCCAGUCUCAAGGCGUCACAGCCAAGCACCCAGUGGUCAUGAUUCCAGGAGUAAUCUCUACCGGCCUAGAGAGCUGGGGAACGGGCGAGACCUCGCGACCCUAUUUCCGGCGGCGCCUUUGGGGAAGUUGGAGCAUGAUGCGGGCGCUGGUGAUGGACAAGGCCGAAUGGAAGAACCACAUCAUGCUGGAUCGUCAGACAGGCCUUGACCCGCCAGGCAUCAAGCUCCGUGCGGCUCAAGGUUUCGACGCCACCGACUUUUUCAUUACCGGCUACUGGAUAUGGAGCAAGAUCUUGGAGAACCUGGCGACGAUUGGAUACGAUCCGACCAAUGCCUUUUCUGCUGCAUACGAUUGGCGGCUUUCCUAUCCCAACCUUGAGGUUCGGGAUAAUUAUUUCAGCCGUCUGAAGUCUUACAUCGAAACCGCAGUGGAAGUGAAGGGCGAGAAAAUUACCCUCGCUUCCCACAGCAUGGGGUCUCAGGUCGUUCUAUACUUCUUCAAGUGGGUAGAGAGCGACCAGCAUGGCAAAGGCGGAAAAGACUGGGUUAAUAGGCACAUUGACUCGUGGAUCAAUAUCAGCGGUUGCAUGCUUGGCGCCGUCAAGGGCAUGACGGCCGUGUUAUCUGGCGAGAUGCGAGAUACGGCACAGCUGAACGCCUUCGCGGUCUACGGGCUGGAAAAGUUCUUGUCCAGGGAAGAACGCGCAGAGAUAUUCCGCGCCAUGCCGGGUAUCUCUAGCAUGCUUCCCAAGGGUGGUGAUGCGGUCUGGGGUAAUGCGACCUGGGCCCCCGACGACCAGCCCGGCCAGGCCUUGAGCUACGGAAACCUCCUCAACUUCCGUGAAGCCAACUCCUCGUUCACCCGUCGCAAUCUCACUACGUCCGAGAGCUUAGACUAUCUCUUCGAGCAGAGCGAGGACUGGUUCCGCGACCAAGUGCUUGGUAGCUACUCGCAUGGCGUCGCGCACACUGCCGCUGAGGUCGAAGCCAACGAAAAGGACCCGCGUACAUGGCUGAACCCCCUCGAAACCCGUUUGCCUCAUGCUCCAGACAUGAAGAUAUACUGUUUCUACGGCGUUGGUAAACCCACGGAGCGCAGUUACUGGUACCAAGAGGAGAGCGACCCCUCCGUCAAGCUUAAUGUCAGCAUCGAUACGACUGUAAACUUAGAAGACGGCAUCGACCGCGGUGUCUUCAUGGGCGAGGGGGACGGCACUGUCAACCUUCUCAGCACAGGCUACAUGUGUGCUAAGGGAUGGCACAUCAAACGGUAUAACCCAGCCGGGACAAAGAUCAAGGUCUUCGAGAUGCCGCAUGAGCCGGACCGCUUCUCGCCUCGAGGCGGACCAAACACCGGUGACCAUGUCGAUAUCCUCGGCCGCGCCUCGCUCAACGAGCUAAUCCUCCGCGUCGCCAGCGGCAAAGGCGACGAUAUUGAGGAAACCUUCUACUCCAACAUCCGCGAGUACGCCGACCGUGUGCAAAUUUUUGACGAUGAAUAA